AACAGUUUGACAGAAUUUUAACAAUAAACACAUAUCUCAAAGGCGAAACCAUAGUGAGUGUAUACUUAAGCAGUUAUCAUGAAUGCAGGCAUUAUUAUCGGCAAACUGCUAAUAAUUGUUUAAUAGCAAAAUGUGAACGAACUUUGAGUAACGCUUUAAUGAGGUAUAAUAAUUAUUAUAUGAACGAUUAGCCUAAUCUUUUACUCCUCUUUAUCAGUUUCCUUUGUCCUUAUCAAGUUCACCUAUAAAAUCGCAGUUAUUAUAUACGUAAUUCAUUUUCAGUGGUUGUAUCUAUCACUCUGAUUCAAAAAAUUUGUACCAGGUACAAUCCGACUACCAAGACUAGGUAGUUUUAGGGUUCAUUAAUAAUUUCAUACGGUCAUUCCCCAUAGCCUCAGGGGAUAUCCUAGCCUUUUUGUUAUUUGUUUGCUUUUGUGAAUAAUUUAUUCUCAAUAAUAUAUAAUAAGCGUUUGUUAUUUUUUAUAUAUUGACCUUUUUGGUCUGGUACAUUAUGUGCCUGUCAGGAACAAACAGCGUGGCUCUUCCAGAGAUCAGAUGGGACAGCUAAAUGUCAGAAACUAAUCCACUACGCACGAAAGAGACUCUGGCUGCACCCCCCACUUAAGACAUUGUGUUAUCGUCUUCCGGCGCUGUCUGCUUGGGCUACUUCGGCUGCUGCGCUCGGAAUCGGUCUUCGUCCUCUGUGUUGAACUGCUCUCUCAUGAGGCAUACAGGGCUUCACGGUUGCGACCGAGCCAUGCAGUCAGUAGGUGCUCGCCCGGCCGCCAGCCGCAUUGAACACAUUGUGGGUCAUCAUGCGUCGAACAUGGACGAUGGGCGAUGGACACAACAGCAAGAUAGUAGAUUCAGACAAGAGGAGUCGAGGAGGCAGUCGAAAUAAUAGUAGCCAUGGUGCUUGUAUCAUGAUAGCCGCUGUCUCUUUCCCCACCGCUAGACAGCCCACCUAACCAAUGCAGUAGUUUUCUGUUGUGUGCUUGUCUCAGAGAUACGGUAGGAAGAAGCGUGUAAUGUCCAAUAUUUUCCAACAUCGUUGGCUGUAAUCGUUAUUACUAUUGGUGCCGCUUAAAAAUGGCUUAAUCAGAUCGCGUAUCUACGCCGCUAACAACGAUCAUUGAAAAAUAAUUUGUUUAUGAAACGGUAUUGUUGUGUCAAAUCUCAGCAAAGGCUACCCGCUAUUAUUUAGAUGUGUUGCUUUGGAGAGCGCAAACGCAGUUAACUAAACAUCCUGAUGUGAUGUUCAGUAGCAGUAGUCAGCGGUUAGCAACGAUGCAAAAGAGUACAGCAGGCUAAAAUCUACACGAUCGAGACACGGAGAAAGAAGUAACAGAAAAAACGUGUAACUCAAAACUAUGCCGGCUUAGAAAAACUUAAUAGCACCAUAGCCAUUGUCAUCAUUAUCAUGGAUGUUGAGUGGUAUGGCCUUCGUCUUAAACCCGCACAGUCGGAAGUGGACUCUGGUGACAAACCUGCGUGGCGAGGCCCGUUACUCUAUUCGCCGUGGGACGCGAUGUUUAUGAUACUGGCCGUCAUUUCGGUCAUUGGCGAUGUUAUAUCAGAUUGCUACGUCGCGUAUGUGCAUGCAGCACAUGGAAUGAUGCUCACAAUGUGGCUUACGAUAGCGUUCAUCGUGGUGCCGGGCUGGAUAUCGACGUGUGCAUCCUUGCUUCUGAUUAUGCAGGAUCGAGAGAACCGUGUUAAAAGCCAGUGGUCUUGCAAAUGGCUUGUAGUCUUCCAUGUCCUGCCAUUAGUUCUUGUACCUCACUAUAUUAGUUCAUUACAGUUCGCUUUAAAGUCCCAGCAAGAAUGCCGAUCUCGGCCCGAACGCCAAAUGUACUAUUAUCAGAUGCUAUGGGAAGAUUAUGAUGCAUCGUAUCUACGUCUUAUUGAGGCAUUUCUAGAAGCCGCACCCCAACUGCUGCUACAAGCCGUACUUGUACUAAUAUUCUACAAUGAAGUCAAAGAUGAACCAUCACACUACUGGCCUCAACUUGUUAUACCGAUGAUUUUUAGCUUGUUUUCGUUGUCCUAUGCCGUCGUUUGUUAUAAACGCAGUCUUCGAAUAGCGCAAAAUGCAAAACGUCUUUCAUUCGCAGGAACGAUUACACUAUUAUGCUCACAGAUGAGUCUUGUGGCCAGCCGUCUCAUCGUUUUGGCCUUGUUCAUUUCGGUUGCGCCUGUGGAAGUGACGGUCGUAGCGAUCCUAACCCGACUACUCUUUAACGCUACCUGGCUUUCGUUGUUCCAGUUCCGACAUGUAGCAUCGGUUGCGGAGAACGUCAUUUUACGCAUAAUUUUAUCCGUGAUUUAUCUUUUCACGUAUCUUGACCUCUGUGACGGUCAAACUGGCCGUCGACAAAUCGUCCAUCACGUUGCAGCAGUGGUCGAUUGUGGCGUACUUUUAGCAUUGUACGCACUUUACGCAAUUCACCUGAACGUUUACUGUGUCGUAGCGGCUAUUUGCUUGUACCCGCUUGGCUUAAUGCUGCUUGUUUCUUAUUAUUGCAAAUGUCACCCAACGAGCAUGAGUGACGGGGUUCAUUUCAUAGAAGCCCCGACAGUUCCUCAUUCGUAAAAAUGCCUACACACGACAAUUAGAUGUGUUCCUAUGCUCAUGUUAGCGUUAUAAUCACAUUGUUAUAGAUGUGCAAUCGGAUCGUCGAUCAUAUAAUGUAAUAAUACAUAGACUACUUAUAUCAUUGAUCUUUCAAAUGCGUAUGCAGUGAAGCUAUUUGAAAGCGUUCGACAAGUAUCGACUGACAAAAUGUUGAAUUUUUACUUGCCACCUAAGAGAUGCUGUUCGCUACAAACCUGAUAUUCUAAUAGACAGCCAAGGAGGUAAAAUUGUCUUAAGGCGUAAUUAGUAAGCUGUUGAAGCCUUGGAUGUACAUGCAUAAAAACUGUCUUCAAUGAUAGAAUCAUACCAUAUGAUUCAAUAGAAAUUAGACGGCGACGAUUACCGACGCGAGGCUUGCUUAUGUCGAAACAUUUUUGAAAGAGCAUUGUUUUGGGGGCAUUUAUUUAACAACAUGACAUCAAGUUGUAUAAUUUAUGCAUCGACCUUAAACCUGUCGCUCUACAUCCAAGUGAUUUAUACGCGAUUAUUUUACAAACGGUUCUCUGAGUAAGAACACGGAGCGAAUGAAAAUUACAGAUGUAUAUUAUUAUUGUUCCUACAACUAUAAAUCUCAAUUUUUUUAUAUUAUAUUUUAUUCUUAACAUCUGCAAAUGUAAGCCUAUUUUUACUGCCCUAGAUUGUCUCUUACAUUCAGCCGGCUUCAUAUAUAGUAAAUAAUAAGAAGCUUGUCGUGGUACUGUGGAUAAGGGAUGUCGUGUUAAUAGGAAGUGUCAAGCUUUAUUUGUAAUAUAUGAACUAUGUAUGUAUAUAAACAUUAAUAUACUUUUAUACACGUGAAUCUAUAUAUAUAUAUACAAUUAUAAAAAAUAAAUCAUCGUAAUUUAUUGUCUUGAUCAUUUUAAACCAAAAAAAUAAGCAACUAUUUUCUUUCUGCGAUCCUGACUUAUAUUUAACUGCCUAUUAUACACGUUUAUGUGUCGAUGGUGUGAAGCAAUUCGCAAAAUAACAAAUAAGUGUAACAUAAGCUGUCAUAAAAACAUCGCUUUAAACGUUCAAAUAUGGCUUUUCUAAUUCAACUUUUAUAUGUAAAACAUCAUUCGUUUGGUACAUCGUUGUAAGAACGCUUGCAUCGUUGACGUUGCUGUGUCAAAAAAAUUCCAGGAUUAAAUCAGAAUAAUCUAAUCGCGAAACCCAGAAAUCUCUACUUUCAUAUUCAACACACGUUUCACAUUAAGCCUAACUAACGGCUCCUGUCAUUCGUUUUAUUUUAUAUUCACGUGCAUUAAAAAAACUGGAAAAAUUUUAUUUUUUCGUCCCACCUAACGGAUUGGGUGCAUAUACAAGUCUUUUUUUAAAUUUUACCCCAGAAGAGUGCUUUUCUGAACCAAAAAAUAUGUCACAACUAAGAUUGGUAGUGUUAAAUAAACAUAAAUGUGACUUAUUGAAUAAACCUAAAGUAACUUUAAUGAAGUGCACAUUGCACUUGGCCACAUAUAACGUCUAAUCGAAAACACAUUUAUGUCCACAAUUAACAAGGAGAUCCCACGAAACAUUUUCUAUGUAGCAUCCAGUUCUAGAAUACAGUGGCUUCCUGAACCCUACAUUGACAAUGAACUUGAACUUUCGGGUAUACAUUCUAGCUGAAACAUUUCGUGUGGAUAAUUCAGUUUUCGGUUUCUCGAUUAUUGAUCUGUUUUAAUUUUACUCUAGCUUCUGCUAAUCUAAAAUUAAAAUAAUGAAAAUGAUGCGGAACAAGCAGGAUUUACAUUAUUAGUUUCGAAAACGAUUAAAGCCUUAAAGAUUGAUGUCUCAGGGACAUUUGCAAAUCGUUUUAGAUAUUUUUUCUUAGUUUUCAUUUAUUUAAUAUAUGACCGCUGAAACGUUUUUACUCAGGACAUUGCGUUGUCUGCCAACGGCAAGUAUGUACAACAGAAAUAUUGAUGAAAGUGACAUUUUUUUUCAUUCAACUAUCAUAUGUAUGUAUGUACACGCCAUAGUCGCCGGUCUGUCAAUGUGUAUGAGAAUUAUGAUAGUUAAUUCAUCCCACAUUAUAACAGAAAAUCAUCCGCCUCGCGGAUUUCCGUCUUGUCCGCUACCAAGAUCUUAGCCUGACAUCUAAGCAGUU